AUGGAAGUGCAACAGAAAAGAAAUAUUGUCAUCAUAGGUGGCGGUGUCAUCGGCUCUACCACUGCCUACUUCUUAACACGCCAUCCCAAGUUUGACCCUUCUCUGCACAAGAUCACUCUCCUGGAGGCUACCUCCAUCGCGUCUGGUGCAUCUGGCAAGGCCGGUGGCCUGCUGGCACUGUGGGCCUACCCAGAAUGCCUGGUCCCCUUGUCCUACCGGCUGCACCGCGAGCUGGCUGAACAGCAUGGCGGAGCUGAGAAAUGGGGGUACCGCCGGCUGGGAUGCGGGAGCAUCGGCGCCGUCGUGCCCACCGCGGGUACUAAGUCACGGACGGCAGCCAAGGCGGCGGCACGGGCAAAGGUACCUGCAACUCAACCUGGGAUGAGUGCCCUGGAGGUGAACGGUCAUGCCAAUGGGGCAACAGCAGAGCCUGAACCACCAGGAGCAGGGACUCCUGACGGGAAGCUGGAGGAAGGCGAGGCCAAGGACAGCAAGGAGUGGGAGAAACUCCCCAAACAGGAUGAGGCCGCCGCAUCCCUCCUCUCAGACUCAUCACUACCGUCCGACCUGGACUGGAUAGAUCCCAAACUGGUUCAGUUCUACGAGGAAAUGGGCCGCCCAGGCUUCACCGAAACGGCACAAGUACACCCCUUACAUUUCACGACAGCCAUAGCCGAACUCGCGCAGGCCGCAGGCGUCGACAUCCGGACGCAGGCGAAGGUGACCAGGAUCACCACCCCCGCGGGCCAGGCAGACGGCGCCAAGACGGUCGAGUACGAGGACCGGCAGCACGGGGGCGCCGCGAGGGUGAUCGGCGGUGUGACGGAUGUGAUCGUGACCGCGGGGCCGUGGACGGGGACGCUCCUGCCCAGGACCAAGGUGGAGGGCCUCCGCGCCCACAGCGUGGUCUAUGAGGCGGACGUCAGCCCGUACGCCGUCUUCACCGACAUCCAGCUGCCCUCCGACUACGUCCCCGAGCACCGGGUGAAAUUGGGUCAGAAGCGCAGGCACAGGGGCAACGUCGAUCCGGAGAUCUACGCGCGGCCCUUUGGGGAGGUGUACGCAUGCGGCGAGCCAGACAAGAGCGUACCCCUCCCGGAGACGGCGGACCAGGUGCAGUGCGACGACGCGCAGUGCGACGACCUGGCGGCGUACAUCGCGACCGUGUCGCCGCAGCUGGCCGCCGCCCCGAUCAAGGCCAGGCAGGCGUGCUACCUGCCGCGGCACAUGCGCUUCGGCGACGAGCGCGGGCCGCUCAUAGGGCAGACCUCGUCCCCGGGCGUCUGGGUCGCCGCCGGCCACACGUGCUGGGGCAUCCAGAACGGGCCCGCGACGGGGUUCCUGGUCGCCGAGAUGCUGCUUGACGGCGCGGCCAGGAGCGCGGACGUCGAGGUGCUGGACCCUAAGAAGUUCAAGGUCUAG